AUGGUUGAGAACUAUUGGUCUAAAGUAAGAGUAACUUCAUCUGAGGAGCAACCUCUCAUGAAAAGUGCCAGAUUUAUUAGUAGUAGAGUGGAACUAGCACACUUAACUGUCGCUUCAUCCCCCCCACCCCACACAGACGAGGGAGCGACGAAUAGAGAGGUAAACCUCAAACACUUCAACAGUGUUGCUGAAGAAGGAGAGCUUUCCUUUCCGCCGCGCCCCGCCCCUCUUUCCUCCUUAGUCUUGGAGCAGCCGUCUCCGUCGCGGGAGCCUAGCUUGUCCCGCCGCCGCGUCCGGCACUACUUUCCGUCUGUGGAGUACUGGCCGCGGCGCUGUGGCGGCGUCCGGGGCUUUCUCAGAGCCUCCGACGGCUCUGUGGAGAUUUGUCAGUUUUUUUGUGGAACUGCAGCCCAAGGCUACGAGUUCGGGAGUCCAAGGGAAUUUCGGGGACAGCGAGCGAGCGGGCUCGCGGUGCCCUCCCAGGCAGAGCGUUUGGUGCGCCCCGAGUGUGCGUUCGCUCGUUCGCCGAGCUGCCGGCGUCUCUCGGUCCGCACUCAGCAUGGGCGACCGGUAGGAGUGGGGUUUCGCUGGUUCCUUGGUCGUGAGGAGGAGUCGGCCGCUUCGGGAGGGACAGCUAUGGCGGUGGAGACGCGGCCGGAGCUGGUGGGGAAGCGUUUUCUGUGUGUCGCUGUCGGUGAUAAGGCGCGCCCCGAGCGCUGGGAGAGCGGACGGUGCUGGAGGGGCUGGAGAGCGGGGGUCAUCCGAGCCGUGUCACACAGGGACAGCCGCAAUCCAGAUCUAGCGGCGUAUGUGGAAUUUGAUGAUCUUGAAUGGGAUAAACGAGAGUGGGUUAAAGUUUAUGAAGAUUUUUCAACUUUCUUGGUGGAAUACCACUUAAUUUGGGCAAAAAGGAAGGACCCUAGCCAGACUCAGGGAUCAAAGAGCAAGCAAAUUCAGUGGCCUGCAUUGAUUGUUAAAGGUUGUAUUGACUGCCAUUGCUCCAAGCUAGGGUAUGAGUGUUUUCAUCUCAGUACACCCUUGCAAGCACUGAUACCUUAUUUUUGGAUCACCUUGUUUUAAAAUCCAAACAAACAAAGGUGAAUUUUUAAGAUUUUAGGAGAUGCAGCAUUGAAUGUUUUCAUUUUAUCUCUGCUAAUAUGAUAUUUAAAAAUACUAUUUCAUUGUUUUAAUUUGCAUUUCUUUAAUUAAUAAGGAUGAAUAUUUUUCAUGUUUAUUGGCAACUUGUAUUUUGUGUGAAUUGUUUGUCUUUUUUCAAUUAUUUGUUAGGAUUUUGUGUUUUAUAGUUGUUAUGAGCUUUCUUUAUAUUAUUACAGAUAUUAUAACCCUUUUGCUGUAUUUGUUUCAUAUUUUGCUCAGCUAAUUGUUUGAUAGCAAGUCUUUUUUAAUUGUAUGUUUAUGUUUAAAGAAAGUCUAUAUAAUGGGAUAUCUUCAUUAAUCCAAACAGGAUGCUCCUCCCUUCCUCUCUCCUUUCUUCCCUCCCUCCCUUGUUCUUGUUCCUUUCUUCCAUUCUUUAAGGAGGUUCUAAAAAUUAAAAGAACAAACAAAUGAGAUAGGAGUACUUGUAAUACUUAAGACAAUAAUCAUUUUAAGUUUCACAAGCACUGUAUGAACAUUGACUUACGUAUAGUACAUUAAACAGAUUCUGCUAUCUGGUCAUUAAAUGAGGUUUAAAAGCAAUGCAGUUCAGAAUUUCUAUAUUCCUGUAGCAGAGUAAAAUACAAUAUUUAAAAUUGUAAGAGAUUUUAGGGUCGUAUAUGUGAGAAGGUAAUAGAAUGAAACACAGUGGUAACUAAUGCUUUGUCUUUAAUUUUCUGUAGAUUUAAUGUUUCUAAUUCUGUGCACAUGAUACUUGCUUUAUGUUCUUGUGUACUUAAACAUAUGUUUGUACUUAUCCUCUUUUCAAUUUUUUCACCCCUCGUGUGGUACCUGCUAAAUGUUAGAUAUUGAUUAUAUUAUUUUUGUCUAUUUCUUACUCUGAGAAAUUAGUGGAAACUCCCAGUGUACUUGCUGGUUCUUGAAAUCAUGACAGACAAAAGAAAAAAAUUCCUAUUGUCUCAUUAACCUACUUUAAAAUUUAUUUUUAAAGCUUUAAGUUGUUAAAACUUCAACAAAAUAUGGAAUAAUACAAAACCCAGGUUACUUCUCUGGAGUUACGUCUUCAUCUUUCUCCCUAGUAUAUCAGUAGCAAAACAUAUAUUGGAGCACCACAUGCUUAGCCUGCUGAAGUGGUGUCUAUUAGCUUGGUCCUGUAUAAUCAGAGUACCACCUGAGGCCAUUCUGAUGAUGGAGGCCAUGGUAACUUACCUGUCUAUGUGAGUUACUUAAUGUAUUGGUGUUUUUUUUUUUUUAAGUAAAACGUUUGUGAAAGCACAUUUUAUCUGCAUCAAGGAAGGAAGGUGUUGGCAUACAUAACUGAAAUCACCGAAUCACCUACCUAACUGGGUUAGGGCCCUGGCUCCAUCUCCUUUAGGAAAACCUUCUGUGGGGAGUGGGGCUUCGACCCUAACCCAGGUGGGUUGUAACACUGCUGCAUUUGCUAAGGGGCAGAGUUUUCUACUACUUUUCUACUGGCCCAGCCUUCCAGAUCACCCCAACCAGAAUUAAUCUCAUCAUCCUCUGUGUUCCUGUAGAACUUUGUUUGUACCUCUGUUUUAACAACGAGCACUUUCUGCUUUGUAUUAUACCUAUUUGUUUGCAUGUCUGUCUUCCCCUAAUAGAUUGUAAGUUCUUUCAGGACAGGAAUCAUGUCUUAGUCAUCUUUGUAUCAUUCCUAGGAGUCUAGCACAGUGCCUUGCCCAUAGUAGACAGUGAGUAAAUACUUAUUUUAAAGUGAUGCAUGAACUCCAACCUAGCUGGCAAAAAAGAGCCCUACUGGGAGCUGUAGCAAGUUUUCUGUCUGUCAUAACAGCUCCUGCUAAGAUUAAAGGACAGGCAAGAAAAAUCAGCCAGUUGUGGUUAAAACUGAGUGCCCUAUUUUAAAUAUGUCAGUGUAGUCACAAAUAAUAAAAAAGCUUAUAAUGGAUACUCUUGUCUUAAUCAAAUAAAAAUCUGAUUCCUUAAAUUGUCUUAAGGGGGAAAUGUAAAAAUUAUCCAAAAUGGGUUAUUGUCAAAGUGUAGAAGGAAAGAACAGAUACCUUCACAGUCAGCCAAAUAUACUAAUCUGCAAUAAGUUACCUGAAUUUCUGGAGUGAGUUUUAGGAAGCCAGGAUGUCUUCUUUCCAGUGCAGCUUUUCCUUCAUAAAUAGGUAAUUCUGGUUUGACAAAGAGUUGUGAUCAGAUCAUAAGUGUAAAACUUUUAUCAGUUUAUUCCUUUUAACCUGUUUGUCUAGUGAGAGUGCUUUUUCGUUUCUAUCUGUUCCAUAAGAAACCCUUUCAAAGGGGAGUAGAAUUCAUUGCUCUUUGGGACGAGGUUACGUUUUUAUCUGACUGCCAAAUUGCCAAACUUGGUUUAGAUUAUGACCUCAACCAAAUUUGACUGUAAUAUGAAGACAAGGACACAUUCCAACUGAAUGUGAACUUUAAAAUAAGGUCACAUACAGAUAAUUGAGUUUCCAGAAUAAGAAUUAUUAGUUUUACGGGCCUUGGUACUUUGGUGAAAGAGCCCUGGUGGUACAGUGGUUAAAGUGCUCAGCUGCCAACUGAAAAGUUGGCAUUUCAAACCCACCAGUCACGCUGUGGGAGAAAGCUGUGGCAGUCUGCUUCCGUAAGGAUUUACAGCUUUGGAAACCCUAUGAGGCAGUUCUAUUCUGUCCUUAGCGGGUCGCUAUGAGUCGGAAUCGACCCGGUGGCAAUGGGGUUUUUGGUACUUUGGUGAAUAAUGAAAGGGAAGUAGUGACAGUAUGAUACUUUCAGGAUUAUUAUUUCUCUACAAGGUAAAGACAUUUCAAGAGAUCAGUUUAUGUAUAGUAAAGUAGUAAACUUUUUAAAUGAUAAAAUCUAGUACUGGCAUUGCAGUGAAUGAGCACACACAUUCAUUUCAUGUAGAUCAUAAAAGAACAUUAUUCUUUUGUAAAGUAUUAUGUGGUGAGAACCAAAAAGAAGUUCACACUUGAUUCAUUAAUUUUACUGUUGGGAAAUUAUCCUUAAAAGCAUUUUUUAAAAAGAAAAUAUAUUCAGUUCAACUAGUGUUUAUCAGCUACCUGAUAUGAGCCAGACACUAUGCUAGGAGCUGGAGAUACAAAAAUGAAAGACAUAUGCAGAAAGAUGUUCAUUGCAGUCUCAUCUGAAGAUGGGGAAAAAAGGGAAACAACCUGGAUGUCCAACAAUAUGCGAAUGUUGUCAGAUUAAUGUUCCAGGAUAUUAUGCAGCUUUAAAAUGAUAAUUAUGAAUACUUUAGAGAAACAUAGACAAAAUUUAAAUAAAUCUUGAUUAUAGCAGUGUCAAAAUUAUGUAUUUAGAAAGUACUGUAAAAUAAUGAAAACUGUUUUUUAGAAAGGUGGGAUUAUACCUGGCUAUAAUUUGUCUUUCAAGUAAAAACAACUAUUAUUUAUCAGAAAUUUGAGAAUUUUAAUGUUAACAUUUAAAUUUUCUGUUAUUUUCGAUUUUGAAAAUAGUUUUCUUUACAUGAGUUAGUUCAGUACACUUAUUUUAGGCUUCUGUUAAUAUAUUUUGACAGCUACUUUUUACUCUGUAAAUACAGUAUUUUUUAUCUGUCAUUAAUAGUACAAAAAUUAAAAUGGUACAAUAAAAAUGACAAUUUAAACCAUGACAAAGUAAAAAUAUAAUGAAAAUUAUUUAAGGUUUGUUUUUAACUCUUAAUUACUUGUUUGCACAUAGAUUUGCUUGGCUUGUUGUGACCUUAGAGAUCUUCUUGUCAUAGAUUCAGAGAAUAUUAGAGCUCAAAAAGAGAACCUUAGAGGUCAUCUAGGAAGGUAAUCUAAGAACAUAGGCCUUGACGUCAGAUUGCCCAGUUCAGAUACCAACUCUGCUAUUUACUAUUAAUAUAGUAAACUUAAGUUACCUUUCCUCUCUGUGUCUUGUCUUCAUAAUAGUGUUGUUAUUAGAUGCCAUCGAGUCACUUAUCACUCAUAGCAACCCUAUUGGACAGAGUAGAACUGCCCUGUAAGGUUUCCUAGGCUGAAGUCUUUAUGAAAGCUGAUCGCCAGGUCUUUUCUCCCGUGGAGCAAUUAGACCGCCGCUAGGCCGUUCUUCCCAGGCACCUCUGGGUGGAUUUGAACCACCAGCCUCCUGAUUUGUAGCCAAAUGCUUAACCAUUUGUGCCACCUGGAGACUCUUAACGCAUAUAAAGUACUUCCUAAAAAUCUUUGGUUUUGGUAUUAUUGUCAUCAUCAAAUCUAAUGCCCUUCUUUUUUCAAUAAGGAAAGGAAAAACCAAAACAAAACAAAACCCAUUGCCAUUGAGUUGAUUCCAACUCGUAGCAACCCUGGAGUAAAGGAAGGCCUAGGGUUAUUAUGUUAGUUGAUAUGUUUAAGUUUAUAUUGAAUUUAAUAGUGACAAAAGUAGAAGUGGAAAUGGAACCCGAAUCUCCUGACUCCAGCCUAAUGCCUUUUCUUCUAUAGUAGAGCUUGUACCCUGCCAGUUAUUGAAUCUUACUGAGAAAAGUCAUAGAAGUGCUUUCUUUUUUUUUUUUUUUCUCCUCUCUCUCUUUUUCAGUUAACCUCGUUUUAGGAAAAGUCUUAGAAGGAGAAACUAAUUUUCAUGCUAGUUUAUUCCUGAUCAGAUAAUUUAAGGCUUUGUGGACAUAAAAGAAAAUAAACUAUGAUCUUUGUGUCCAAGGAGUUUAGAGAGAACAGAGAGAGACAGAUGCACAGGUGGAGAAUGAACUAUUCAAUGACAUAAUAAAAGUUUGUAAAAAUGAAAGAAGUGAGGGGAGAAAGUACCUGGUAGGGAGUAAAGGAAGAGCUAUACCGAGGAUGAUGCUACCCUGAUACGGUUUUAAAUGCCUAAUUGGAAUUUUCUGAUCAGAAAAGGAUGCAAGGCAAUUUAUAAGAGAACUGGUCAUGAUUGGGAAACUACAAGGACUUGCAUCAAGCUAGAGAAUAGAAUAAUCUUAGUGGAGUAGCAGAAGACAGCAUAGAAGAGGGUAAAGAGAGACCAGAUCGUAAAGGGUUGUGUGUUACAAAGAGAAUUCUGGACAUUUUACUCCUCCUGUAGGGAAUGGAAUGCCAGUGAAUCACACUCAUGUGGGUUAAAUCAUCGAUUUUGUGUUUUAGAUAGAUUACUGAAGCAGCAGCAUAAAGCGACUAGAGAGAGGGUAGGACCUCAUUUGUCAUUUAUCACUUCGAAUAGUCUAGGUAAGAUUUGAUAAAUAUGCCUCGUAGAACAUGUGUUUAUCAUUGUUCUCUCCAGAAUUGCACUAAAGUGAUAGUAAAAAACAAAAACAGCAAAGAAAACAGCAGUGACAACUUGACAUGUAAUAAUUGAUUCAGGGAAGAAUCGGCAAUAGACGUUAAAACUAUUGGACAAAAGGUAUGUUGAGGAACAGGAUAUUCAUAAGAUCUCAAAAUACCAUUUUCACAGAUUACUUAUUAAUUACAGAGGGAAAAUGUAUCUAUAUAUUGGAGAGAUCAGGCAGAGUCACUACCUUAAACUUAGCAUCGCUAGUAGUUGGGACAUCAUUGGCAUUGGGUUCCUCCAGAUGUGAUGCAGUAAGAUGUGCAGAGAUCACCUAUGUCAUGUUCUUGCCAAAAAUGUUUAACCUGACUCUAAUCAGGAGGAAAGAAUCCGACAAAUCCAGAAUGGGGACAUUCUACAAGGUAACUAGCCUAGACUCCUUAAAAAACCACCCAGGGGAAGAAAAAAAAUCCAACGAGUCUUUCCCAGGUCUAAAAACACAUAACUAUAGAAAUAUGACACAUGAACUUUAUAGCCUAAAUAGGGAGACAAAAAGCUAUAAAAUAUUUUGGGGACAGUUGAGGAAAUUUAAAUGUGCACUAUAUAUUAGAUAUUAAAUUAAUGUUAAUUUUCUUAAGUGAUGUGUAGGAGAAGGUUCUUAUUUUCAGGAGAUUGCAGGCUGAGGUAUUUAGCAAUGAAAUACUGGUGUGUUCAAUUUUCAGUCUGCAAAAAAAAAAAGUAUAUAUAUGUUCUAGAUACAGACAGAGGGCAAAUGUGGCAAAAUGUCACUACUGAAGAAGCUGCAGAAGGUGUGCAGGUCAUCAUUGUACUUUUUUUCUGCUUUUCUUAGUCUUGAACAUUUUUAAAACAAGUUAGGAGAAGGCAUGGAUGGGUAGGCCAGAUAAGUCAUGAGGAUCUGAACUUUGACAUUUGGAAUAAAAUUAAGGAAAUAAGUUGGAUAUAGAGUGAGGUAACAUUGACAGAAUUUAGUAACUACAAUUUGAGCGUAAAGGAGAAGAGUAAUUCUAAGAAGACUGAAGUUUAUUCCUUGGUUUACUCUGUAGGUAGGUGUCAUUCUCUGAGAUAAGAAAGAGGCAGAUUUCAGGGAGGGAGGACUGGGGAUUGAAAGAUGGAGUGAGCAAAAAACAAAUGCCUUUGAAGUUUUUAGAGAGGAUCUUAAUUUUUAAUCAGUAGAAUGACAGUAGAAGCAGUUGUUAGAUAGGGCUUCUUCCUUUUGCUGCUUACUGUCUUAUCAAGGUCACCUCCCUUGUUUAGUCUGUGAUGAUUGCAUAAAAAAAAGUAAGUUCAGAUUUCAUGAUUGGUUUCAAGAACCAGUGAACCAGCUGCAUGCUCUUGUUCAGUUGUAUUGAAACUACUUUUCUCAUCUCAGCAAAAAUCACACUCAGUUUUGAUCAUUUGCGUUAAUGGAAUGAGAUAAUAAUGUGUUUUUUUAGAAAAAAGAUAAUUCAGAAUAAUGUUUUUCAUUACUUCAUAUUUAGAGAAUUAAUCAUAUUUCAGGAAUUAUAUAUAAAUACAGGCAGCCCCUAGGUUACAAAUGAGAUCUGUUCCUAACUGUGCCUUUAAGUCAGAAUUGCUCGAAGCCUUUUCAAUGAUUUAAAAGCUGCAUAUGCAGCAAGUGAAAGUGAUUAUGGUAAUGAAUUUGUUGCCAGUAGGGGUUGGAGUAGGGGUGGGUUCAGUCCUUUCAAAGUGAGGCCAAAUUUACAUAACAUUAAAGGGCAAGUACGAGUUGUCCCUAAAUCAGAAAGUCAGACGUUGGUAACCCAGCGACUGCCUGUAUAUUAAACUAUUGAGAUUUACAGUUAACUUUUGCCUGGAUGAAAACAAUAAUUUAAAUUGGUUCAGUAUAAGUAUAACCUGAUACUGUUAGCUAUUGAGUAAUUAUUUACUGAAUGAAUGAAUAAAAGGCAUUUUUAUGUGAUUAUGAAUUGAAAGGAAUUUCCUUUUUUCCGUUUUAAACCCCUUCUUUAAAACUAGUAAUUUUAAUACACCGAUAUUUCUAAGGUUACAUGAAAAAAGAAAUGAACCAAUAUUUCAAGUAUCCUCUCAAUUUUUUCCCCACAAUUAAUAAACUUCCUUUAGAAGAGUCAAUUUAAAUUUUUUCUAAUCCAUAAUUUUGGAAUUUGCUUUCUAUGUUUGUUGAAUGGAUCAAAUUAAGGUACAGGAUAUGGUUACUGAGUCAUAAAUUGAAGGUGUGGCAUAAAUAAAAUUGAGAAGAAGCCAGCAAAGCGAUUAAAUUAUGUAUAAAAUGCAGGAAACAUUUCUGCUUUUAUCUGGUACUUUAUUUUCCCAUUACUAAUUGCGGUAUGCCAACUUCUGGGUAUACAAGUACCAAGUUACUUAUUUCUUAAGACAUUAAAAGAACUCAAUAUUAAAGUCAGAAAAUACAGUUAAGCGAAAGAAGUAAACAAAAACAAUUGGAAUCUUAAGCUACUCUGCCACAGUUAGUAUUUGAGACAAUUCAUUUUGUUUUAAUUGUGGUAAAAAUAUAUAAAACAAAACACUUGGCAUUUCAACACUUUUUACAUGUAAAAUUCAGUGAUUACAUUCAUCAGGUUAUGCAACCAUUAUCACUUCCCUUUUCUCAAAUUUUUUCACCACCGUAACAGAAACUCAGUGUUCCCUAAACUAGUGCUCUCCUUCCCCCCUUUUCCCACCCCAUGUAACCACUAAUAAACUAUGAUAUCUAUAUAUUUUCCUAUUUCGUAUAAGUGGGGUCAUACGGUGUUUGUCCUUUUGUGACUGCCUUACUGCACUCAGCGUAGUGUUUUGAAGUUUCAUCCAUGUGUCAGGGCUUCAUUUCUCUUUAUGGCUGAGUAAUAUUCCAUUGUGUGCAUAUACCAUAUUUUGUUUAUCCAUUCGUUAAUGGACGUUUAGAUUGUUUCCACCUUUUGACUA